AUGCCGGAACAGCGCGUCGCAAAGCGCAAAACUCACACCAAGUCGCGAAAAGGAUGCUUCCAAUGCAAGCAGAGACAUACUAAAUGCAAUGAAGCGCGCCCGCGCUGUGGGAACUGUGUUCGCCUGGACAUCCAUUGCCAUUUCCCAGCAAUACCGGAUAGCUACUCGGGCUCCCCACAACACAGUCCAGGCGUUUCUUCACCGUUUGUGGAUACACAUCAUGCUGAAAGUCCCGAAGCAAGUCCCGCAAGUUCCGAGCUUCCGCUCGCAGACCUCCGUUUGCUGCAUCAUUGGACAAAAGCGUGCGCCAAGUCUCUGCAUCCAAAUCCUGCAACUAGAAGUGUCGUCUGGCAGAAUGAGUUCAUCGAACUAGGCUUCGACUAUCCUUUCCUUCUUCGCGGGUUUCUCGCCCUUUCAGCAGUCCAUCAAGCAUCCUUGCUUCCGCCCAACGAGCGGCAGAGCCUUUUGCUCCAGGCAGAUUCCCACAUCAGUCGAGCCUUGGACACUUAUCGAAAGAAUUUGGAGACGCCGAACGUUGAGCUGGCAAUUCCGAUGUUCAUGCUGUCUUCGAUAAUCUUGACUUACAACUUCGGUUCGGCGCAGCUUGAACGCCCCGAGGAUCCCAUUCGCGCUCUCCACCACUGCUUCAUGUUAUUGCAAGGCAUCAAGGUUGUGGUGAUACCUCACUGGGACCAAAUCAAAGACAGCUCGGUGUUUGCUCAUAUGACAGAUAUGGCGUCUCCGGAAGCGCUAGAUGCGUUGGACACGCUCGCAAGGGAGGAGAAUCCUCAAGAGAUUCUUCGACUGAAGGAACUCACGGAACUCCUACUGGAUAGCCAAGACAAGGAGGCCUGCGCUACAGCCAUCGACGCACUCAACGCUACCUGGCUCCGGUUUCGGCACAUAUCACCCGAUCGCGACGAGUACUCCCUUCUCUUUCUUUGGCCUGCGAGGUUGGAGACCCAUUUCUUCGAUCUCCUCGCCGCUCACAACCCUGUGACAUGCAUCAUCACAACCCAUUUUGCAGCAAUGCUGGCCCAAUGUCGCCCGGUAUGGUGGGUGGUAAAGUGGCCCCAAUGGCUUCUUGCUGCCUGCGAACAUUUGCUAGCAGCGACACCAGAUCUUCUAAAAUGGCUCGACUGGCCGCAACAGAUCAUUCAUGCUCAAGCCGGGAGCGCAACGACCACUCCGACAGCCUCGUGA